UCCUCUUCCGGUGUGAAAGGUCAUCGUCCCGGCUGAAGAUGGCGGCGCCCGACGAGUUGUUUUGCUGGGAAGGAGACUGGGGUUUACCGUCCGUCGACACGGACUCUCUGGUGGUUCUGGCCUACGCUCAGUUUGCAGGAGCUCCUCUCAAAGUGCGGAAGAUCUCCAACCCCUGGAGGAGUCCCAGCGGGUCACUUCCUGCUCUGAGGAUCAAUCAGAAAGAGACUCUGUCCAGGCCCUCUGACAUCAUCAUCCACCUCAGAAAACAGGUAACCUUCCCAGCAUGCAUCAGGGCUGAUCAGUGUAUUAUAAUUCCAUUAGAUUAA